UAGGAGCCACGGGGCGCCGCGCAUGCGCCUUGAGUUUUAUUCGAAUUUGUGUUUUUAUUUCAAUAUCCGAACUUCGAAGAGAGAAAAUCAUAACCCUUAGUAAGUCACAUUAAGAAGAUAGACGGAAUAAUAUAGUAAGAGAGUAAAAGACUAUAUAGAAUAAGUAACUCUGUGUCAUAGAACCCUAAGGAUUGGGUUGAAGGCACACAAGUUCCCCAACCGGGGAGCAUAACCUCCAAAAAAAAAAACUGUCACAAGUCACAAUGAAUCCCGAGGGAAGUGGAGUUAGGGAGUUAUCCUGGUUCGACAAGCUCCAGACGCUCUCGCUAAAGUGGGUGAUAUUCUACGGCUCGCUGGCGCCGUUUUUGUGGAUGAUGUCUCACCUCUUCGUUUUCGGACUAUCGAGAUACAUCAACGACUACGAGAAGAACACGUGCGAGAUGACGUACAUGUUCGAGUAUCCGCAAUACGUGAGAGUAUCUUUGAAAGAUGAUAUAGAAGCGGAAUACCCGCGAUUUGGAUUGUAUGCCUAUGGGGAAGGCUUUCUAACGGAAAGAUUGAGAAGAAUGCAUUUUACUGGUAUACCGGUUCUCUUCAUACCGGGAAAUGCCGGAUCUCACGAGCAAGUGCGAUCUAUCGCUUCGGUAAGUUUCAGAAAAAGUCGAGAGACUUCCUUUCACUUUGACUUUUUUACUGUUUCAUUCAGUAAGGAUUUGUCUGCAUUGUAUGGAGGUGUGCUUAUGGAACAAACUGUGUAUGUCUCACAUUGUAUAAAGGCAAUACUGGCUUUGUACAGGGGCAAGAUGGACAAAGUCGUAUUGAUUGGUCAUUCAAUGGGUGGUAUGAUAGCAAAAGGAGCCCUGUUGCUGGCACCGAAUAUGGACCCGUCGUUUGCAAGUAUAAUAAUAAACUUGGCUACUCCUCAUACUCCCUCCUUAGUCCUCGAUAGUACCUUUGCCAAUUAUUACUAUGAAUUGGAAAGACACAUGCACAAAAUUAAGGAUGCGGGAGUCAAGGUGGUAUCGAUCGGAGGUGGACCACGUGAUAUACUUGUGCCUGCUAUGCAAGCUUACGAUCGCGUGGCGGAUAUAAAUGUUCUCUCCACGAGUGUACCAGCCGUUUGGAGAUCGACAGAUCAUUUGAGUAUUCUAUGGUGUAAACAGCUGGUACUUGUAAUUGUGCGUUCGCUGUUCGAUUCCGUGGAUUAUUCGAGCAAACCGCCUAAAAUUACAUCGAGUCCUGAUUUGAAGAUGAAAUCCCUGUCCUAUCACUUCUUACAACACACUUCAGGCAAAAAAUUACAUCAUUACGAAGAAAAAGUUCAGUUUGAAGCCGAUGGCGAAUGGAUGAGCGUACCUAAACAACAGUAUGUCUGGGAUAAUAAGAAAGGAACUAAAAAAUCGUUUGUAUAUCUUGCGGUGGAACUAUUUCAAGAAUCUGACUUCUUAACCAUUGAUGCGAUAAACGUACAAAACAAAGAUUGGCUGUUUGUGUGCUCGGCAUUAAAAAAACAAGGACAGAAAAAAAUUUGUGAAUGGGGUUGGAAUUUGACAAAUAAAACAAGACUUUUACCUGACCCUUUACAUCGAACGAGAAGGACCGUUGAUUUGGAUCUGAAAGAGAUAAAAUAUCCGCACGUUACGCACGCCAUUGUGAAAUUAACUCCAGACGAUUUGGAGAAACAGCUCACAAUCAACUUCGAUUCCUACUUGUACAAUGAUCGAAUCGUACCUACGAGAAACAAAUUCUUACAGCCUAAAUAUUUCCUUGGCCUGCGUAGACUUAAUGUGUUUCAACUUGUCAAGGGAAGUGUGAGAUAUUAUAUAACACUUCCCUACUUUUUAGACGCGGUUACAAUUGAGUUGAAAUCGCCGAAUUGUAAUAAGCACAUUCACGGCAUUGUCGAGCUGCUGGAAUCGUCGAAUGUAGGAUUUAUUCAAUCGAGAAUCUUUACGGAUAAAGACGGUGGUCCGAAAACGAUGAAAAUGCAGACAGUCUGUGAACGUUCCGAUGACACAACAAGUUUAAGAGUGACAUUAGACCCAGAAUGCAUUUAUAUGAUUAGCAUGCAACCUGAUGGAAUCAUCGAUAAGAUUUCUUGUAGAAUACGGGACCGUUGGCCAUUGCUUUACAUGGUCAUUAUCAGUGUACUCUUACAUCUCGUCUCUAUCAGGCUACAACACUUUUCAGAUGCGCUACCGUCAAUAGUUGUUACCAUAAUAUUGUCCUUCGUCUUCAACGUAGCUUACGAAGUCUGCAUCGCUUUAUGUAUUAUUAUUAUAUCUGCCAUCGGUGUAUGCUUCUCGGUCAUAUUUCUUGGUUCUUUUGCACAUGGAAUAGCUGUCAGGUUCUUAGCACGUGCAAUAACGCUUCCAGUAACGUGGUCAGACUGGUUAUUGAGCGGGCUGGAUCAGCUGCCAACAAUUAUAAUUGCUUUCACAGUGUUUCUAAUUUCAACAACGUGCGCAGCUCUCGGUAUGCUCAUUUCGGUGUUCCUCUAUUUUUUGAAAUUAACAAGGAUGUACGAAGAUUACUUAGAGGACAUGUUAUUGGCCCCACUCCGACAAUUCGAUUGGUUUAAACGUUUGAAGAGAAUGAGGAGGGAAGAAGAAAACGAUGAGUCAAGCGUCAGUCAGAGAAAAAUCAGUCGAGAAAUAUCCGACUGUCUUGUCCUAUUUUUGCUGUACAGUUUUGUUGCAAUCCCAGCAAUUCCAUCUGUCCUGGUUUGGGCGAAAAAUUUCAGAUAUGAUAGGAGACUCUCGACAGAAGACCUUGUCCUUUUCAUAAGUUGGUCGAUAUUAGCUUCAUGCAGUCUCUUAGAUAUCGUACAGUACUCUUUUGUACCUCGGAUCAAGGGAUAUCGCUCGCUUAUAUUAAGCAAUAUAUUACGUUUCACGAGUUGGGUCAUUCUUUCCAUGACAGCAGCUCCGCGUCCAUCCUUUUACCAAUGGUGUAUGCCACCUAUUACUGCUGCAGCAAUGGCACUCCUCACACUAAAUUCCUUUUCUCUAUUUUAAUUAAAGUACUAAUUGACAGAAAUCAUGUUUACAGUUUACAAUAAUUGGCAGAAAUGUGUAUCACACAGUUUUUUCCUAUACAGUUCAUCAUUAAUUUUGUAUAAAAAUCUAAAGUUUCGUAACCGCGUAACAUUAUUAAAAUUUGUGUUACAUGUUUCUAAUAUUACAAAUUGAAUGAUAACAACAUGCUGUGACUCAUAAGUGUGAUUGUAUAUAACAGUAAUCAAAUAGUAAUCACGCUAAACAGGAUGAAACUUACCUUAAGUUCGCGUUUAGCACAUGUCAUGUGUUAACAUUAAUUGUAAGAUAGCCAAAGAACAUUUAUAUACUAUAAUACGAAAGCUUAGCUCUUAACUCUUAUUGUGAUAUAUGUGAUAUAUAAGAUAAGUCUUCUUCAGACAUAAUAUAAUUUGUUAGACAAAAAAUUUAAUCCUUAA